UGCCUCCCCCCUUUUUUUUUUAUUGACGUUUCGCUUAAUUCUAGCUUGCGGGCUACUGGCGUUUUGCAGGGUCAUUUGUUUUUUAUUCGGUGACAUUUAGCGUCACGGCUUCUGAACGGAUAUGUGCAUGUUUUGCACAAAAGAGAGGCGUUUGUAACGGUCAGGUUGUUGAAAAAUUGUGGAGACAACAUCUUUCUUCCUUUGGAUUCCUGACGUUUUGGCUUCCUUUGUCAGCUUGACUUCCGUUUUCAUGUGCAAUCAACAGUGGAAAAAUAGCUAGCUAGCUAUCUCUUGCUAGGAAAAACCUAGCCAAUGUUUUAAGUUGUACUUAGGCGUGAGCAAUAUAAGACUUUCUAUCGGCAAACAAGUCUGCUUUAAGGGGCUCAUUUCCAACGUUGAUUUGUAAGCUAGUUUUCAGGCUAGUUUCCUAACACGAAUGCUAGGUGGCUAGCAAGGCUAGCUAGCUUGCUAACAAUACUGCUGCACAUUUCUCACUAUUGUCCGUCGGUACGCAGUGCUAGAGAAGUGUCGAAAUAUCUGAAUGAGAGGUCGAACAUUUACUGUCCUCUUACAUUAUUUUUUGUACUGAGGCCCGAAGAAACUACGUUUUUAGCUAGCCCCAGCUAGCUUAAUUAGCAAACCAAAACACCAUGUUUCGAUAUUUAAAUGACGUGGAUGACAACCCUUACAUGAUGUGAGUAUCGCAUUGCCUUUUAUCCAAGCGAACUGCAUGUCUUGGUUUUAUACUCACUUUAAUGAUUCAAGUCAUUGUCGUUGUUUGUUCUGAGAUUUAAAGGCCUAAUCUCCUGCCACCAUGUGUAGCCAGGCAGCCAGAAUAUAUUAGGUAACUACAUACAUCAUAUAGCUAAAUAAAUACUAUGCAUGCCAGUCUCUCUUGGCUAAGAGUUGAGGAGAGACUGACUGCAUCACUUCUUUUUAUAAGAAACAUGAAUGUGUUGAAAAUCUCAGAUUGUUUGCAUAGUCAACUUACACACAGCUCUGACACACACACUUACCCCACCAGACAUGCCACCAGGGGUCUUUUCACAGUCCCCAAAUUCAGAACAAAUUCAAGAAAGCAUACAGUAUUAUAUAGAGCCAUUAUUGCAUGGAACUCCGUUCCAUCUCAUAUUGCUCAAAUAAACAGCAAACCUCGUUUCAAAAAACAGAUAAAGCAACACCUCACGGCACAACACCUCUCCCCUAUUUGACCUAGAUAGUUUGUGUGUAUGUAUUGAUAUGUAGGCUACAUGUGCCUUUAAAAAAAAGAGUAUUUAGUUCUGUCCUUGAGCUGUUCUUGUCUAUUAAUGUAAUGUAUUAUGUCAUGUUUUGUGUGGACCCCAGGAAGAAUAGCUGCUGCUUUUGCAUCAGCUAAUGGGGAUCCUAAUAAAAUACCAAUUACCAAACUAUAUCACGGCUUGGAUCAUGGUUAUGUCUAGCUUAUUAUUUUUUACAUAAGUACAUGUGUUUACCCCUUAUAUUCUCAUUCUAUGAUGAGUAAUCAUGGUCAAAAAUACACCUGGAAACCGGUGGAUUUCUCACCUGAGUGUUCACGAUAAUGUCAGCAACCCCUUUCCUUAUUCACUACUGUGUGUGUGUGUGUUUUCAUGGUCUGUACUCUCAGUGAGAAGUUGUUUCUGUUUUAUAGGGAUCCAUUCGCAGCCCACAGGCAACAGAUGAGGAGUCUGUUUGGGUCUUUUGGCUACGAACCUUUCCCCCUCAGCCCGCAGAUUCAGCCUCCCCGUGCACCCCACCUUCAGGUGUGUGUGUGCAUGUUUGAGAGAGAAAGAGCGAGUCAGUCACUAUUCUGUGUGUAUCUCUAGUAAGUGUGUGAUGUUGGGGUCAAUUCCAUUUCAAAUUCAGGAAGUACACUACAAUUCAAAAUUUCUUCAAUGAGUAAACAUUAGAAUUUGAAUUGGAGUUAGGUUUACUUUUUGAAUUAAAAUGGAAUUGACCCAACCCUGGUAGGUAUACAACACACCAUAGCUAUUUCCCCUUUGAUUAUAUAUAGUGUAGACUAAUUUUAUAGUACUUCAUGCCACACUGCGUUGUUACUGCAUAUUUGUUGUCUGCUGUUAAAUAACCUCCUACUGCUUUUCAGGCUGGAGCCCUGCAGCCAUUUGGAAUGAUGGGAAUGGUGAGUCCUUGUCCCUGCGUGUCAAGAUGUUCUCUCUGCUUCUUAGCACCCAGAAAGCACCCAAGGCCCUGUUCCAAUAUGUUUAAAACUAAUUCUCAAUUUCAGAAUCAGAUAACUGACUUCCUCAUGUGUUCCUUCCCCAGGGAGGAGGCUUCAUGGACAUGUUUGGGAUGAUGGGAGGAAUGAUGGAGAACAUGGUGAGUAUGUCCAGAAAGAUUCCUGAUAUUCCCUCACCUUGCUGCUUUCCCAGAUCCAGAUCAAACCUGUUCCUGGGCUUAAGAACACCCUCAAUGGAGAUUCUCUGCAUCCACAAAAAAAAAACAUUUUAUAGUUAAUGUUUUGUGACCCAGCAACAACUCAGCCUAAAGCAAAGACCCAACAGGAGUUCACAGUGGUUGAAACUUAACACAUCUUGUCUAGCUGGAUUAUGUUUAUCUUCUUUCCCUUUAGGACAGAAUGUCGGGUUCGCCAAACUGUCAGACGUUCUCUUCCUCCACAGUCAUCUCUUACUCCUCCUCAGACAUGGGAGCCCCUAAAGUCUACCAGCAGACCAGCGAACUAAGGACUGCACCUGGAGGGGUAAGAGAGAGUGGGCCAAAUUGCAUCUACUGCUGUGAUUGCAUGUACAUUUUUCAUUAGGGGUUUACAACCCCAGUCCUCUACUACCAGCUGCCUGCUGAACACUACUUCCUCCUCCCCUCAGAUUCGCGAGACGCGCCAAUCAAUGCGUGACAGCGAGAGCGGCUUGGAGCGCCUGGCCAUCGGCCACCACAUCUGGGACCGCGGUCACGUGAUGGAACGCUCCCGAAACCGCCACACGGGCGACCGCGAAGAACGGCAGGACUUCAUCAACCUGGAGGAGAGUAAGUCAUGGAGCUACUCACUACGGUUCUGCAGAAUCAGUAUGACCAUACACAAUUUUAUAACCCCAAAGUAAUAAUAAAUAAAUGUUCCUUUGGGGAAAAAAUGCACAUGGAGGAUUAGUGGCUGUAUUUACAACUGUUUGUUUCCAUUGCUAGACUUGCCUGGUUUAGAGGUACGUCUGGCCAGGUUUCUGACCCCCCACCUCCCCUGUCCCUCUCUCAGGUGAGGCUGCUGCCUUCAAUGAAGAGUGGAGGAGCACGGCCGGAAGGUACCCUCCCCCAAACGCACGGGGGAUAGACUACGGCCGGGACAGGAGGGCAGGGGGGCAACAGCUGGCCCUCGCCGCCCCACCCAGCUCCUCGUCUCCGCCCACCCCUCGCCACGAGUCCCCCAGACACCCCCCACCCGCAACUCGCCCCCGCUACGACUGGUGAGAGGUAGGAGGAGCAUGACCUGUGUGUGUCCAUGUGUGCAUGUCUGUCUUUGUGUGUUUUGUAAAAGUGUGUGUACUGUGGACAGCACGGCACAGUCCCAAAUCAAUUCCUGUACCCUUUGUUGAUCUAAAAGUAGUGGAUAGGCAUCAACUUGAUAAAUGGUCUUUGCUUAUGCCAAUCCCGAUCCAGUCCUUUCAAAUAAAUCCACUAGGGGAGUCAAAGUCCAUGGAACAGAUGAGAUCAGUCUGGAACUGGUCCUGUCCCAGUUGUUAGCCUGUCUGGGGUCAAUGGGUGUAUCUCAAUAGUCUACAGUGGUUUAUGUUACACCACUCCUCCAUCUGCUCUGACAUUAAACAACUGGACAGGCAAAAGCUCAUUCCCAGUAAGAAUCCUCCAUAUUGCUUUUGACAUAGCCAGUGUUUUCAGAUCAGUGGAGGAGACGAGGGACAAGAAGCCACUGAUGAUGUCAUGUGUUCUCUCCUGCCAGGGGUCAAGGGUGAAAGGUGAGCAGAAGGAUGGAGGAGAGGAGACCGAGGGGAUCUGCCUGAUGCUGUGAACGAAGAAGGGAGAAGAGGGUCACGACUGACCGUCAAGAUGUUUGAUAUGAUGGGACUGUCUAUAUAAAAACUAUACAUUUAACACACACACACACAUCAGAACCCAACACACUCAAUACCCGCAAUUAUGGUUCAACCUCUGCUGUACCGUUCACAUACACACGUGCGGACACACAUGCACACACAUGAUUACUCACACUCAAGUUGUAUAUAAAGCCACCCUCCAACUUUACAUGCGUUAAUUGCCCACCUCACUAUAUAAAUAUAUAUACAUUGCCACACUACAUAAUACACACGUGCUGUACAGUCCAUAUAUGUUUGUGUAGACACUAGUGUGUCUGUGAAUUGAAUUGUAUACUGUUGACUAAUUAAACUAAUUAAUGAAAACAAACAUUAAACAUUGUUAGAUAAUUGCACACUGUGUUGUGGUUUGUCAUGGAAUAGUGAGUGGAUGGGUUAUGUUUUUAGAACAGGUUUUGACCUGGCGAAGACUGAUAUUACUAAAGGUGGUAUUGGAGCAGUGGAGUUUGCUGCCGUUUUUCUAGCUUUAUACAGUCUCUUGUCUGAAAUUCCGUUUCGAGGUAGGAAGUAAACUGACAUUCCAAUACACAUUUUCGUUGUUGAAAAGCCAUGGGAAUUGGAAUUUCAGUUUACUUC